CUAUGUUUCACCUAAUAAUAAAAAUUUAAUAAAGACUAGGUACCUGUAAUACAUUAGAGAUAAGCUUACUUUCUAAGAACAAGAUUAGAAUCAAAAUGAGACGAGUUGCCUGCAGAAAUCACCCACUUGUAAGGACUGAUGGAAAAAUGAGUGGCUGAAGAACGUCAUCAAAUUUAAGAAAGCACGAUUGUAUCAAGAAAUUUCAAAUCAUAACACAAUCAAGUCAAUCUCCCCGAAUAUAUUAACCUGUCCAAAAAGAAACACCAUAAUCUGAAUGCAGACACCUAUCCACUCUACAAAUAUUUACUGACCACACUGUUCUCCCGUCUGCCUCCCACGCCCAGGAUUUAAAUCCGCGGAUCUUAGCCGCGACUCGAAAGGCAGGGGUCCUUCAGUGUGCUUAAAGGAUCAUUUAGGGACUUGCAAAAAAAUGCAACGUUCCAGAGAUUCUGAAUUCAUCGAUCCCGGCGGAGCCCCGGAAAGGGCAUUUUAACAAGCUUCCACGCGAUUUUGCUUGUAUGGAAAGCGAAUUUCCUAAAUCUAGCGGUGGAAAAACGCACGUGCAAAAUUUCAUGUGAACUGGUUUAUGCAUUUUCUGAGGAAAAACCAUAAUAUAAUCGGAUUCUGAAAGUGAGUCUAAGAACUAACCUCCCACGGCGCUGAGACCCCUUCGCUGCGGGGAGAGAUUCAGCGGCUCCCAGACAACUAACUGCACAUUCGAUAGGCUUUCUACUCAAUUCUUCAAUUUAGCCGUUUUUAUUUUCCUGAAAAAAAUUAGAAAAACGGAAAGUUCAUUUCUCUCGGAGAUGACGUGUCUUCAGUGCUCAAUGCAUGUGAUUAAUUUUCUUAAUAUAAAAACAAAAACACCGCCUGUGACGAAUCUGCUUCUUCCGAUGUAAAGGUCCAGUCAGGCAAGGACGGAGAAUCUCCCGUCGCUUGGAGCUCGGCCGCCGUCUCCGUGGGAAAGGAAGCCUGAGCCUCGCUGAGCUGUUUAUCAUCCUUUUUCUGAUGGAGAUACCCGAGAGGCAUCUUCUCCAAAGCUGCUUGUUAAAGAUGACAAACAUGUGUGCCCUCCGUUUACAGUCUGGUGGCAGGCAGUGUCACGUCCUGCCUCUCAGUCCCCAGUGAAAUGUUUUUGUCUGAUUUGGACCAAAAAAAGUUCAGUGAAUUUUGAUUGGAAUUGGUUCAGUUCCCCAGCAUUUAUCAGGAAGUGUCCUGGCAUCUGGAGAUGAACUAAGGCAGGCACUAGAUUGAAGAGUGUUUAUUGUGCGUUGGGCAAAACGUGGUCAGUGAGACAGAAGACGUGCGAUGAGCUAUGGGAGAGCAGUCCCCAAGCUGGUUUCCCUAGGACCAUUGUAAAGUCUCUGAAAGACAAGCCUGGAUUUUGAUCCUUGUUGCCACAUUAUAACAUCACGUGACCAUGAACGAUUGGAUGCCCAUCGCCAAGGAGUAUGACCCGCUUAAAGCUGGUAGCAUUGAUGGCACCGAUGAAGACCCACAUGAUCGCGCGGUCUGGAGGGCAAUGCUGGCACGAUACACCCCCAACAAAGGCGUCACGGGAGACCCCCUCCUCACCCUGUUUGUGGCAAGACUAAACUUGCAGACCAAAGAGGAGAAGUUAAAGGAAGUAUUUUCCCGCUACGGGGACAUCCGGCGGCUUCGGCUGGUGAGGGACUUGGUGACAGGCUUUUCAAAGGGCUACGCCUUCAUCGAAUACAAAGAGGAGCGUUCUCUGAUCAAAGCCUACCGAGAUGCAGACGGCCUGGUGAUUGACCAGCAUGAGAUAUUUGUGGACUAUGAACUGGAAAGGACUCUCAAAGGGUGGAUUCCUCGACGACUUGGAGGAGGUUUGGGGGGAAAAAAGGAAUCUGGGCAACUGAGAUUUGGGGGGCGGGAUCGGCCUUUUCGAAAACCCAUUAAUUUGCCAGUUGUUAAAAACGAGCAGUAUAGAGAGGGGAAGAGGGAAAAGAGGGAGCGGUCUCGAUCCCGAGAAAGACACUGGGACUCGAGGACAAGGGAUCGAGACCGUGACCGGGGCCGGGAGAAGAGAUGGCAGGAAAGAGAGCCAACCAGGGUGUGGCCUGAGAGUGACUGGGAGAGAGAGAGGGACUUCAGAGAUGACAGGGUCAAGGGGAGAGAGAAGAGGGAGAGAAGAGAGUAGAGCUCCCCACCACCACCAGCCCCCAGACGAAGGCACAGCGUGAGUGAAAGCACAGAGCCAUUGGCGUUGCUUGCGUACAAAGCCCAACGCCUGAAUAAAACUUCGUGAUGACAAUGGGGUUGGGAGGAAAUUUUCUUUCCACUGUGGAAUCCAUGUUCAAGCUGAACCUUCUGAGUGUCUCUUCAUUUUAUAGUUCAAUGGACACAUUAUUUAAUAAGCUCGAGAACCAAUUUUGUACUCCCUGGAAUCUGUAUGGAAGAGCACGUGUAAGGAGUCACCGUUCGCAUUUAAUUGGGCAGUAGAAAAUUUAAGAAUUUGAUUUUCUCCCAUCUGUUGGACAUGACCAUUUUCAGGGCUUGGCAAGAAGAGGUGAUGACCAAAAAUUAUUUGUAUUGCUCUCAGACUCCUGGGAACCCGAAUCGGACCAGAAUAAGUGGUAUCUUUUCCAUCUUCAUAUCCAUGAUGCAAGGGUCUGCUGAAUUGAAAUAAAAAUGGGCUAGAAAAGUGAAUCCCAAGGAGAAUGUCCAGACUUAAUCCCAAAGCCAGUCUGAACAGUGGGCCUGGUCAGUGACCAGCUGCUCUUGAGCCCCUGUAACUCCACUCAGGAGCCCAUGCUGACUACCUUUUCUCUUUCCUUUUUUGGUGGGGAGGCUGGCAUUUAAAAUGAAAAACCAAAAUUGCAGGGCUAUGGGGCCCUGGUCCUUGGCAGUCUUCCAGCCCUUUGAAAAGAUAAAGCUCAAAAGAAAGAGGAAAAUGAAAAUGAAGAGAAAUCAGUGAGAGGUUUGCGUCUGGUUCCAAUGGAUUGAUUCGUCUGUCUCGAUCAUCCAGCCUCUGGUUUGUCUGAAAACGGGUUAUGCUGACCUGUUUCUGAGGGCUUUGGGUAAGGACCAUACUGUUCACAUGGUUUUCAAAAAAGUAAUAUUUAGCAUUUUUGUUUUAUCAAUGGCCUUAUCUUUGAAAGUUCAGGUUCUUAAAAUUAAAGAUGUUCCAUGCAAAAUAAUUGUCUGAUUUUAGUAUCAGAACUUACACAGUCAUUACUAGGUUUUUGCGUUAGGAAUAUGAAUCUCAUUGUUACAUAGGGAACUUGCUAUAUCUGAAUCCUGCUGUCAGCUCUUGGAGCAGUUUUAGAAAAAUGUUCUUUCCUUUGUAAAUUUCCAGUGCAGAAUUGUACUAUUUCCCAAGGCUCAGAAAACAGCCUUGCAGGAACACCUUUCUGAUUUCAGUCACGUUUCAUUUACAAAGUGCUCCCUGUGAUGGCACCAAAAAGUGUGUCAUGGGCUGCAGUUCUAGGUACCAGCUAAACAAGAGUGCUCCACGUCAGGGAAGCCUGUGAGCGCAUCGGAAGAAACAAAUCCAGUUGUGUUUACACAGUCUAG